AUGUCUGAAUUCCUUGGAUCCCGUAUUUCUCUCAUCUCCAAGAGCGAUAUUCGCUACGUGGGGACUUUGCACGAGAUCAAUUCGGACGAGUCGACAGUGUCUCUCGAGAAUGUCCGCUCAUUCGGCACAGAGGGUCGCAGGGGCAGGCCUGAAGAGGAGAUAGCGCCAUCAGACCAAGUCUACGAGUACAUCGUUUUCCGCGGAAGCGAUGUCAAGGAUUUGCGAAUUGAGGAGCACCCCGCUAUCAAGGAAAAUAAGCCUCCUGUCAUGCCUGACGACCCUGCCAUUGUCGGUGCCCGAGCUCGUCCUGGAGCGCAAGGACCAAAUCAAAACGCUCCUGCUGGAGCUCCCCCCGGGGCCCCCGGCUUUCCACAACACCAAUUUCCUCCCAACCAGUUCUACGGUGGCCCUCCGCCUCCGGGCUCUUGGGGACGAGGCGGACCCGGCCCUAUGGCUGGACCGGGUUUUGGCAACGCGCCAUUCCCUCCGGGACCUCCACCCCCAGGCUGGUACCCUCCUCCAGGCCAAGGCUUCCCGCCUGGACCAGGUGGUCCAGGUCCAUGGGGCAACGCACCGUUUCCUCCGGGACCCGGUGGUCCCCCGGGCUCUGAAGCUCCUCAAGGUCAGCGGGCUGCACCUGAGCUCCCCUCCACCCAAGAGUCAAAGCCUCCUGUUGGACCCGGUGCAGACAAGUCGAAGGGGGCUCCCCAAUCAGACCCCAAAUCUCACGCUCAAGCAGCUAGACAGCCUGCCAACGCGCCAGCUCCUCCAGUUGAAUCCAAACCGUCGGUAGAAGAGGUCAAGGCAGUUGCUACGACGCUGGCAUCGAAUGGGGCUCCAAAGGCAACCGAUGCGUCCAAGGCCAUCCCUACUGGUCCCAAAGCGAACCGUGUCCAGCCAGUUUUGCCUCUCACCGGACCUGCAUCUAAGCCUUUCCAGCCUCCCUUUGCAGCGGAGAAAGCUUCCCAGGGCGUUCCUCAGCCUGCAGCUGCCGGGCCAAGCAGUGUACAAGAUGCUACAAGUGCCGCUAGAGCAGCCGUGGCGCUGGCGAUGGCACAACUGAGCAACACUGGCGGGAAUGCUAUGGAUAAUUUGACCACCAAGGUCCAAGAGAUGCGAGUCAACGCCAUCAGAGGCGGCAGUGUAAAUCGUGGCCGUGGACGAGGUGGCCGCCCAGCCAAGGUAGAGGUUCCCGAUGCAGACUUCGAUUUUGCUCAGUCAAACGCCAAGUUUAACAAGGAAGACGUUGGUAAGGAAGCCGUUGGGGGCUCUCCGGCGAACGAGGCUCCUGUAGCGCCUGCAACGGAAGGCUCAGAGACCCAAGAUGGCACCACUCCUGUGGCAUACAAUAAGUCAAGGUCGUUUUUCGACAACAUUUCCAGCGAAGCGAGGGAGAGAGCCGAAAACAAUGGCCAAAAGCCUGGCGGACGCGAGUGGCGCGGCGAGGAGCAGCGCAGAAACAUUGAGACGUUUGGCCAAGGAAGCGUCGACGGUGGAUACCGAAACUACCGUGGCCGCGGUCGCGGGCGCGGAACCCGAGGAGGCGGUCGCGGCUAUAGCCGUGGUGGACGAGGAGGUCCCCGUCCCCAGUAUCAGUCAACUGCCGCUGGCCAGUAA